AAAGGAUAGUGGGCAGGGGUCUGUGAAAAGAGGGGUCACAGGGGCAUAACUACUAUUAGGCAAGGGGAGGCAGCUGCCUGGGGGCUCCUACGCCUCGAGGGGCCCCCCAGAGGUCCACUUUACAGCCUGGUUACGGAUAACAUUUAUCUGGAGCUCUACUUCUGCCAUGAAACCAGCUCAGCCACCAGUGUUUCAAAGGAAGCCUUUUCUAGCUGCCUGGAAUGCACCAACAGAUCAUUGCUCAAUGCGAUAUAAUGUCACAAUUAACCUGAAAAUGUUCCAUGUGAUUGGAAGCCCCUUUGCUAAAGCAAGAGGACAGAACGUGACUAUCUUUUAUGUCAACAGGUUGGGAUAUUACCCAUGGUAUACUUCGCAAGAAAUCCCUGUUAAUGGGGGCCUGCCUCAGAAUUUCAGCUUAAAGACCCACCUGGAAAAAGCUAGGCAGGACAUUAACUACUACAUCCCUGAUAAGAAUUUCACUGGAUUAGCAGUCAUAGACUGGGAGCACUGGAGGCCACAGUGGGAUCGCAACUGGAGUACAAAAGAUGUUUACAGGCGGCAGUCGAGGAAACUCAUUUCUGAAAUGCAAGAAAAUGUUUCUGCAAAUGCCGUUGAACAUUUGGCCAGACUUUCCUUUGAACAAAGUGCUCAGGCUUUCAUGAAGGAGACAAUUGAGCUGGGACUUCAAAGUAGACCCAAGGGCCUGUGGGGAUACUACUUAUAUCCUGACUGCCACAAUUACAAUUUCCAUGAGCAGAACUAUACUGGCUCUUGUCCAGAGAGCGAAGUGUUGAGGAAUAAUGAACUCUCAUGGCUGUGGAACAGCAGUGCCGCUCUGUAUCCUUCCAUUGGCAUUAAGAAAUCCCUUGGAAACAGUGAAAAUAUAUUGCGUUUUUCACAGUUUAGAGUUAAGGAAUCUAUGAGGAUUUCUUCCAUGACAUCACAUGAUUAUACUCUGCCGGUAUUUGUUUAUACCCGACUAGACUAUAGAGAUGAACCAUUAUUAUUUCUUUCUAAGCAAGAUCUUGUUAGCACUAUUGGAGAAAGUGCUGCGUUGGGAGCUGCAGGAAUUGUUAUUUGGGGAGACAUGAAUUUAACUUCAUCCGAGGUCAACUGCACAAAGGUGAAACAAUUCAUUUCCUCCGAGUUAGGUUUCUACAUCAUCAAUGUAACCAAAGCAGCAGAGCUGUGUAGCAGGCAUCUUUGUCAGAACAAUGGGCGAUGCAUACGAAGAAGCUGGAAGGCCUUGGACUAUCUUCAUUUGAAUCCUGACAAUUUCCAAAUAGAAGCUUCAGAAGAACAGGGAUUUACUGUGAGAGGGGAAGCAUCACCUACUGAUCUUCAAAUAAUGGCAGCGAAAUUCACCUGCCAUUGUUAUCAAGGAUUUGGAGGAGCUGCUUGCAGGGAGAUUAAGACUUCAGGCUGGCAUCCUGGAAAUGCUGCCAAUUUACUCUCAUCCAAAGGAGCAGUUAUGAUAAACUUGGCAUUCUUAACCUUUUUAAUUUCUGAGAUGUUAGUUCUGACUUAAACUGCACUAAGUUCCUCCAGGAUCUGUCACAUCAGCAUCCGGCUGCAGAAGACAGAAGCAAUUUAAAAAACCUGAUGAUCUGUGCAGCACGAUCUGAUGCAUGUUUGCUCCUGAGUAGCCUUAAAGUUGCAGUUGCAGCUUUAAAAGUGAUUCAACUUGAUACUGAUGCAUAGAAAAUACUGGGUCUGCAAAAGAGUUGUCUACAGACAGUGAUCAAGGCAAGAAGAUUCUGAAAAUGCUGCUUAUAGGAGCUUCUGCAUAGUAGCUUCCUGUUACUUUGUUAAUGCAAAGGAAACCUGAAAAUCAGAGCUGAGAUCAUGCAUCCCCUGGGCAGAUUGUAUGGCCUGGAUAUGGCCUGUGUUUGCUUUCACCUGCAUCUGUAGUGCAGUAAAACAGGACAAAAGUGAGGGCAGAUAAUCUGAUACAAUCCUGCCCCCAGAGACGUAUCUAGGGAAAAGAGCACCUAGGGCAAGCAUUGAAAUUGCGCCCCCUGUCCAAACAUCUGACACCCAACUUUCAGAUAACUUUACCAUAAUAUCAGCUGAAAAAUACAAGUCAGGCUCGUUAAUCUUUUAAUGGUUAAGCCAUGGUUAGUGAGGCACCAACACUGCAUGUUUUCCAGCACACAGUAAUAUAACGAAUCAAUGUUAUGCCUAGAAUGAAUGAAAUAGAGUUAGAAUCCAUUCAACUGCAUUAUUUCCAAUCAAUUUGGGGUAUAAGAACCCCAGUUCAGUGCCAAUAAUGUGAGCAGUCCAAUCUGAAUACCAGAGAUAAAGAACAUUCAUGAACUAUUCCCAAAAGAUCCUUUGGCUGUGUGGAUCUCUGUCCCAGAGCUGUUUGAAGCCUACUCGGUUUGAGCUCAGUUUGAAGCCUACUUUGGGAAGAGCAGAAGCAGCUUAAGGAGGUGAGCAAGCUUUUCUAAACAGAAGAGAAUCAAGCCUCCCCCCACCCCCCCACCGCUUCAAACUAACAGGAGGAAGGAACAUUUUGAGGAGCUGGUUUCUCUUAAAGGGAUAGGUCCUAGUCUGUGUGGGUGUUAUAUGCCAGGGCUAGCAUUUGCCAGGGCUAGCAAAUAACUGUGGCAUCCAGGCAGAAUCAAAGUCAGGCAGGCCGAGGUCUGCCAGUACCCAGUGGGUACUGAGGGCAAAGCAGAAUCAGUCAGGCAGGCCGAGGUCACACCAGAAGCCAGUGAGUACUGAGGGCAAGGCGUAAUCAGAGUCAGCAGGCCGAAGUCACACCAGAAUCCAACAGGUAGUGAGGGCAAGGCGUAAUCAGAGCCAGGCAGUCCAAAGUCACACCGGAAUCCAGCAGGUAUUGAGUGCAAGGCGUAAUCAGAGUCUGGCAUGCCUAAGUCACACCGGUACUGAGGGCAAGGCGUAAUCAGAGCCAGGCAGGCUGAAGUCACACCAGAAUCCAGUGGGUAGUGAGCGCAAGGCGUAAUCAGAGUCUGGCAUGCCAAGGUCACACCGGAAUCCAACGGGUACUGAGGGCAAGGCGGAAUCAGAGUCAGGCAGGCCGAGGUCACACUGGAAUCCAACGGGUACUGAGGGCAAGGCGGAAUCAGAGUCAGGCAGGCCGAGGUCACACCGGAAUCCAACGGGUACUGAGGGCAAGGCGGAAUCAGAGUCAGGCAGGCCGAGGUCACAACGGAAUCCAACGGGUACUGAGGGCAAGGCGGAAUCAGAGUCAGGCAGGCCGAGGUCACACCGGAAUCCAGCAGGUACUCAGGUCAAGGCGGAAUCAGAGUCAGGCAGACCGAAGUCAUACUGGAAUUCAAUGGGUACUGAGGAGAAGGCAGAAUCAGAGUCAGGCAGGCCAAGGUCACACCAGAAUACAACAGGUACUGAGGGCAAGGCGGAAUCAGAGUCAGGCAGGUCGAAGUCACACCAGAAUCCAGCAGGUACUGCGGGCAAGGCAGAAUCAGGCAGGCAGGCCAAGGUUAAGCAGUGAGGGCCAGGAAUCAGAAAACAGGGCAAGACUGGAGAGUCAAGAAAGCUCUGCAUGCUCCAAAAAGGAGCCAGCUCAGACUGCAGGCUUUUAUCCUUUUAGCUCUGGCUGGAGACAAGUAACUCUGCCCCAGGGCAAGGCUCUAGAUGGUUUCAAGGAACCUUGCCUGAUGCUGUAGUCUCAGGCUUUGUUGAGUCUGUGCCAAUGUUGUUUCCCUUAGUGACCCUUCGGAAUCCAAGUCGAUGGUAACAGUGAUUUCGAUGGCCUUACGUUGGUUGGCUGAAUGUGGUCUUGGGGUAUGGGGCCUUCAGAUGACCUUGGGCAUCUUGGAUCCUUUGAGAUCUGUGGUGUAGAUCCAGGUCCUCCUCCGAGGUCUCAUCCAGAGGGGACAGCCAGGCCUGACUGUAGUUGAUGUCCGCAAAGGACAAGUUGUCUCAUCUUGGCAAGGAAGAAGCAGCAAGAGCUAGCGGGGGUGCUCCAGCAGCCAGGUGAUGGCAUUUGGGGGGGUCCCUUCCACUGCUGCUGUCUCACCUCCGAGGGGUUGCCGCCGGAAGAUCAGCCGGUCUCAGUAAGGGCUGCCCCUGAAUCCAUGGCCCUUGGGAAAGGUUAGAUGGUUCUUCCCAAGGGCGUGGAUUUGGCCAGGAGUGUGGUGGCGUUGGUGUGGCCACAGAGCUGGAGACCAACGGUGGACGUCCCCAGUAGCAAGGGGGUGGCCCUGUCUUGGGGGGCCCCAGCGCUUUGAUCGUCAGCGCUGGCAAUGGUUCGACUCUCCGCCGAGCCGAUGGAUCAUGCCAUUUUGAUGGCAGAGGCUUUGGCGGAGGUCUCCCCAUUGGGGUCAGGGUCUUCUUCCCAGAUGACGCGAUCUGGGGAAGAGCCAUCUCACUGGGCCGGCCAGAGAAAUGGCUCUCCCCCAGUGAGAAGAAGCCCUGCCCAGCCCCCCCAAGGUCCACAACCCCAUUGCUCCUGGGGAUAGAUGUCAGUCCUCUUUCAGGGUCCACCGUGGUCUCCAGCAACCUUCUGGGGUGUCUCCCCUCCCCCAGGUGGGGAAGGGGUUUCACCCCAGAAGGCACACUCCCAGCCCGGGCAUUGCCCAGACGAAGACCGGCUUUGGGGAUCUUCCCCAGGAGGGCUGGUGGUCUGCCCUCCUGUGGCGGCUUCCCCUCGCUGCAGCUGACUGCCUGGGGCUGGCUGGUGGAUAUUUUUGGAUACUUCACCCUUUUCUUGGGUGAUCCCACCACAGGUGCUGGAUCACCCAAAAAAAGGGUGGUUUUCUCAGAACCAGCCCCAGGCUGCUGCAGCAGGGGGGACAGCAGCAGCUUCCGGUCCCCCAAGUGGCUGCUGGAGCUGAUAGGCCUGCUCUUGCUUGCUCUUGCCUCCUCUGCCCCUGGAAGGAAAGAAGGAAAGAAUUCUUGAUUUCAUUUUUAAUUUUUUUUUUACACAUUUAUAUACCACCAAAAUUCAAAUUUCUAGGCAGUUUGUUUGGUCAAAAGCAAGUCUCAGAGGUUUACAUUGCUAUUACAUUAAUGUUAACUUUGAAUGAUGUGGGGGACCCAUCGCUCGGAGUUCCCCAGGACUAGCUAGCCUUGGAGAUUUUGAUCUGGGGGAGGAACACCCAGAGACGCCUGACCUGCAUCUAGCCAGAGAGCCAGGCUUAUUGCCCUCCUGAAGUGCUUUCAAGGCCACUGGGGGAGGAGCUGCAUCCACCUAAGGGCAGGCAGGCAUUCAGCAAAUGCAUAUAGAAAACAUCGAACCUCUUGAUGAGUAUCUGUGCCUUACCUAGAAGAGGAGAGAAGGGGCUGGGAAGUGGGAAGACCCGAGUUCGAAUCCCUAUUUAACCAUGAAACUCACUGGUGGACUCUGGGCCAGUCAUGUAUCUCUCAGCCUAGAGAGAUCAGUUUUAACAUCCUUCAGCUCCUGGCUGCCAUGAGCAGGAAUCGGCCCUUAAUUCAAAAUCAGGUGAAUGUAAUUAGCAGCUCUUGCUGCUCUCUCUCCAUCCUAUGGCGAGCCCUUUCCCCGUAUUAAUGGAAAUGAAGGGGGGAAAUGGAGAACUCUUCUACUUUGUAAGGGGCAUGCAAGUUAAUAGUGCCAUCUAGGGAGAAAGUCUUUGGACAGAAAGCAGAAUAAAUUGAAAAGGGAAGCUGUGGAAGCAAGUAAGAGAAAGGGGAGCAGGAAUAACAUAGCUCAAAAAAAGAUCCAGCCCACAAUCCACCAAAGUUUUUCACAAAUGAGUCCUACUGAAAGGCAUCAAAGAGACCCUAGUCUCGAUGAGAUAAGUUCCAUUGACAUGACUGUGGCUGGUGUUGUGAGGAGCUUUUGCUGGCCAGUGAGUUGCUUUCUUCUUGCUUCAUUUUCCCCUGACUUCUUCCAAAGGUUCCACUGCCACUUUUUGUACAUUAUGUAACUGCUGUCUUUAUCAUUGCCUCAGCUAUAACCCAUAACUACACACGUUUUAAGCUUUGUGGUGGUCAAAAAACCUGCUGUUUUUAGGACCAUUUCAUGUUCAUUUUUUAUAUUUGUGUCCUACUCUUCCUCUGAGGAGCUCAAAAUGGUGUACAUGUUUAUUUUUAUCCUCACAACAACCCUGUGAGGUAGGUUAGGCUGAGAGAUACAUGACUGACUCAGAGUCACCCAGUGAGUUUCAUGGUUGAAUGGGGAUUUGAACCCGGGUCUUGUCAGUCCUAGUCCAACACUCCAACCACUACGCUAUGCUGCCUCUCCAGAGUUAGGGCUAUCUCAGUCAAUGGGCUGUGGGGAAGAGGCUGCCUUAGUUGGUCUGAUGAUGAUCUCCAAUUAGGAAUGGGCAGAGGGAGUGUGACUUUGUUGGAUCUCUCAUCAACUUUCAAUACUACCGACCACAGUAUCCUUCUGGAGCGUCUGAGAGGGUUGGGGUGGGAGGCAGUGCUUUGCAGUGAUUCCACCUCUUGGGAAGAUUCCGGAUGGUGAAGGCAUAACCUCCCUAAAUGCCUGCCUGGAGGCAGUGAUGGGCUGGAUAAGGGAUAAUCAGCUGAGACUGAAUCCAGAUAAGGUGGAGGUACUUAUUGUGCAGUGGGGUUUCGGGAUACAAUUUGGAUCUACCAGUUCUGGAUGGGGUCACACCUCCCUAGAAGAAGCAGUCUGGGGGUGCUUCUGGAUCCUAACUUCCCCCUAGUGUCCUAGGUUGAGGCGGUGGUUGGAAGUGUUUUCUUUAAGCUUUGACUGAUACACCAGCUUUCUGAGGCGUAACUAGGGAAAACAGCUCCUAGGGCAAGCACUGAAAUUGCGCUCCCCCGCCCCCCUGCCCCAACAUCUGACACACAUCUUUCAGAAAACUUUUAUUUUACCAUAAUAUUACCUCAAAAAUUACAAAAAUAACCAAAAAUGCAAUAAAUAACCAAAAACGCAGCAAAUACAACUCACGCUCAUUAACCCCCUGGUUUACGCCUGCUCUCUUCCUAUCAAGAAGGCACUAUUUGUAUCUAUUUUAGUUUGAUUGACACAAUAAAUGUUAGACCUUAUGGAACUGUAACAUCUGAUUUCCUUUUGAGACCAACAUCCUCCUGUUUUACCUGACAAACACUUAUCAGGUCCUGGUUAAAGCUGCUUUGCUAUAAGGUCUUCAAACAAUGUAUUCAGCUGUGCUUGCACUUGCAAUUUAUCUUUGCCAAAGAUAAGACAUGAUGAAUGUUCAAAGUACAACUAAGUCUCUCUUAAAACCUUUGGAAAUAUGUUUUAUUUGCUAUUCAUGUCAGAUCUGUGUCGCAACAUUGCAGAUUCUGAGGAGUUGAUUGCAAAACCUCUGUGACCCAAAUAGGGUGGUACAAUUUGCAACAGCCAGAACUCCUCCAAAGGCCCAAAUAAAAUUCCAGAAA